UACGAUAUUUACGGCAACGAUAUAUCCACGUAGUUUCCAGCACUCGUUGCCUUUUUUUUUCACUUCGUAAUAACUAUCUGGCAAAUUCAAUUUGAUUAAUUUGGGAACAAUGCCGCUGGAUCAGGUGGUAGCUUUAUUUGUGCCCAACAGCAAUUUCCUCAAUGUGGUGUUGGUCAAAUCGUUGGACUUGUACAAGCCAGGCACAAUCAACAGAGAAGUGGAGGUCGUCGAAAAUAUUGUCAUUAAUCCCAAUAUAAUAUGCUGGAGCGAGAAAAAGAUCCAGCAUCGCAUCAUAGUGGGAGAAUACUUCGAGUUUGUCACCAGAUUUGGAUUGGAGGACCGGGACCCCGUGUACACUCAGUCGCUUAAGUUCUCCGACUGCAUUAGCUUCAAUCUGAAGCUGCACGAAAUCAAUUUGGAGCUUCUUAUGCGCCAAACGCUCAAGGUGGAUAUCAUGGAUCUGCGCAUAAACCUGGUCGCCAACAAGCCCUUUUCGCUGCACUGCAGCAACUGUGCCACGGAGCUGAUCCAAAUGCGGACAUACCGCAUCAUUGAUCCGCUGCCCAUGUACACAAAGAGAGUGCCACGCGACUUCUGGGAUAGCUUGGAGCUGAGGAACAUUUCGUACUCCGAACAGAUCUACUACGGCCUCAAUCAGAUUGUGAUGUCUGCCAAUCACAUCCAAUUCGACACUAAAAUGAUCUACUGCCGCAAGCGUCGUCGCGUCUUGUGCCCCGGUUGCCCGAGGGUGUUGGGCACUUUCCUCCCGAGGGCUGUGUGUCUCCAUGCGGAUGCCCUGCGCAUCGGUACUCGUGCGUCCCCUGCAGCUCGCCUGGAGUUCAACGAACUAUUUGGCCACAUCACGCCCACACAGCUGAUGUUGCGUCUGAUGCAAGAUACCGAAAUGUCACGGAUGUUCCUAAAGUGUGUGCGCCCCGAUGGUCAGAUGCAUUAUAUGCUCCUGGUGCCGGAAAUGAAGAAAAUUCAGUUUCUGCUCUCCAAGCCAUCGCUUUUCAGUAAGAUCGAUAUGAAACCCCUGGAUUUUAUGGAUGCGGACACCAGCAGCGAGAGCGAUGACAGUUCGGACAGCAGCAACGAGAGCUGCAGCAGUUCCACCGAUGAAGAUUCACCGAAUUCCAUAGAUAACCCCGGCUCCACACCCAUACCAUCACCGAUUAAGUCUAUGGAUCACGCUCGUCGCCCAAAUACCACCAGGAAGUCCAUCGAGCAUGUAUUUCUGACUCCCUAUAAUGGCUACAAUGUUAAAUAUAUCUUCGCCAGCACUGAUUCAGAGCUAUGCGAUUUAAAAGACACCAUCCACGAUUGGCGCGACAAUAAUGUGCGCUCCCUGCGCAUCUCCUACGCGAUGAUGAUUGAGCUGGUCAGCGAACUGAAUGCCAACGAGCAUAUUGCGGCCGCUCUGGGCAAUUUAGCGCCGCCCUGCCGCUCGCUAGAGCCACGCUCCAGUCACAUCAUAUUCGAGUCCGACGAGGAGUUCUAUGACACGCAACAGCAACUGGAUGUGGUCCAAGUGCCAUAGUUUUAUUGCGUUUCAAUUUAAUAAUAUCAUUCUUGGAGAACCUUUAUUCCUAAAUACUGUCACAAAGAAUUUGCAAACAUUACAUUACAGACAUGAAAUUUCUUAAUGAAUAAAAGGAGAAACCUAAAAAAACAAAAAAUAUCU